AUGCGUGGUCGUAGAUGCGCCUUCCCUUUGUCAACCUUCCCUUUAUCCUCCUCCUUUGAUGUAGAAAAACAUAUACCUGUCAGAAUUACGACACGUACAUUAAAUUUGAAGAGUGUUUAUUCUACUGGAAUGUUUUGUAAUAAGCAGCAUAACGCAGAGAACUGCAUUGUAAUUAAAAAUUAUAAGAAAACCAUUGACUGUCCUUCCCUAACAAAGAACGCGAAUAAUCAUAAUCACUCAAAUUCAAAACUAAAGCUCGCUCAUUUGAAUGUCAGAUCUCUGAAAAAUAGAGAUAAUUUGAUCCAGUUGAGGGAACUUAAUGGCGAACAUCAGUACGACAUUUUAACGAUAUCGGAAUCAUGGCUUAAUUCCACAGUAAAAAAAUCAGAAGUUGAAAUUGAAGGUUACAGACUGUUGCGGUUGGAUCGCCUUGGUAAACGUGGAGGUGGUGUUUGUGUUUUUACUCGUAACUCACUGAAAACAAAGAUUAUAAAGGAUAUAUCUGUAAUUUCAUCAAUGGGUUUUCAUCAAUUGUGGAUAUUAAUCCAACAUAAGAAAAUGAAAUCUAUUGUGCUAUGUGUUGCUUAUAGACCUCCUGACUGUCCAGUUUCCUGUUUCGUGGACGAUUUCAUGGACAACUAUUCAUAUGCACUUAUUUUGAAAAAAGAUAUAUUCGUAGUGGGUGAUCUAAAUUGUAACUUAUUAAAAAGUGGUCCAGAAUCUGAUGCCUUGAACGAAUUGUGCAGCGGCUUGAAUUUAUUCCAACUUAUCAAGGAACCAACUAAGGUGACUUUGCAGUCCUCAUCUCUCAUCGAUGUGAUUUUAACAUCUAACACAAGCUUGGUAGUGGAAAGUGGAGUUGAAGAAACGCACAUCAGUGACCACUUUCUGGUUUAUUCAAUAUUAAACCUUAAAUUGCCUAAGAAAUUACCUGAUUACAUGGUCAUAAGAAGUUUUAAGAAUUAUUCUUCUGAAGCGUUUAAAAAUGAUCUAGAACAGCUGAUUUGGCAAGAAAAUCCAAUUGACCAGGGCGUUAACCAGCGACUGGACAAUUUUAAUCAGAAAUUUCUAAGUGUAUUAGAUAUUCAUGCCACCAUAAAGACUGUUAAGAUUAAACGUCGCUUGUGCCCUUUUGUUGACCAGGAAAUUGUUCAACUUAUGAAAAAAAGAAAUGCGCUGCAUAAACUUGCCCGCCAAACCCUGCAGGCCUUGGACUGGGACAGAUAUCGUUCAUGUAGAAAUCAAAUUAAAAGAAAAUUGAGAGAAUCCGAGAGAAAAUUUGUGUAUAAAAGAAUUAAUGAUAAAAAUAGCAACAACAACUCCCUUUGGAAAACUGUAAGAGAAUGUAUUCCUAGAAAUGAAAAAACACGUUUAACUUAUUCUGGGAAUGUCGUUGAAGUAGCGAACAAAUUUAAUGAAUACUUUUCUUCA